AUGUCAAACAAAUCCCACCCGGACGCGGAUCUGUUCCCACACGCUACAGGUCUUGCUCAGAAGACAGUUGAAGAGCAUCAGGCAGAGCAGCCGUUGAAGUUAUACGCUGGAUGGUUCUGUCCUUUUGUCGGCCGUGCUUGGACGGUCUUGCAAGAGAAGAACAUCCCAUACCAGUACAUUGAGGUCAAUCCAUACCACAAGCCAGAAUCAUUGUUGAAGCUCAACCCUCGGGGUCUGGUUCCUACACUCCAGUACGACAACAAACCUCUCUACGAAAGCACCGUCAUUUGCGAAUUCCUCGAAGAAGCCUUCCCCGACCAUGGACCCAAACUAUUGUCGGACGACCCAUACGAGCGUGCUCGCACUCGCAUUUGGACUGAUUACUGCACGUCGAGAAUCAUUCCUGCUUUCCAUCGAUUCUUGCAGUUCCAGCCAAUGUCAGACACCAAAGGCCUUGAGGAGGUGAGAAAGGAGUUUUUGGGCCACCUCAAGGAGUUUACGAAGGAGAUGAAUUCUGAGGGGCCGUACUUCUCCGGCAAAGAUGUUGGUCUAAUCGAUUUGAUCGUUGCGCCAUGGGCAAUUCGUCUCUGGGUCUUCGACCACUACAAGAACGGUCUCAAUAUCCCCAGAGAAGGUGAAGACAGUGCAGUCUGGUCACGCUUCGACAAGUGGCUCAAAGCAAUUGAGAACCGCCCUUCCGUGCGCGAAACCACCAGCGAGCAGGAAAAGUAUCUCAGCAUUUACCAGAAGUAUGCCGAUGAUAAGGCGCAGAGUGAGUUAGCAAAGGCGACGCGUAAAGGUCGUGGUGUGCCUUAG